UUUUACUCCCCCACAAAUUUCAGAUGUCUAAACGAACUCAACGUAGAUAUUCAGCAGUUAAUGUACUUCUAUGUACACUUAAUGGACUUUGGAAUGUUGUUGAAUUGUGGAAAAAAUGUGAAUCAGAGGAGAACAGACCCGUUACUGGAUUUAUUGGGCAAAUUGGUUGGGAUAGCAAGAAUUAUUUGGGACAUUAUUUGGUUGGGCCUGUGCUGAUUGGGAUUUCUAUAUUUUGCUAUAUUCUAAUUUGUAUUAUUUUGAUUGUGAGAAAAGGUUAGACUAGUUAAAAUACUGGGGAAAAAUAUUUCAAAAUGUAAAAAAUUAAAAAAAUUCAAGUAGUAUAAACUAGGGUACACCCCGUGCCUUCGGAGGCGGGAUCGUCGGGGAUUGGGGUUUGCCGGGGUAGAGCCUUUGAAGUUUGGGUCGGGGUUAUUGGGGACAGGGUGCUACCCUAGUAUAAACUUUUCAAUAAAAUUUCAAGAUGUCAAUUAACGGAAAUUAUUUCAAAAUGUCAACUAAGCGAAUAAAUUUCAAAAUGUCAAAACUCAAUAAAUAUUUCAUAAUACCAAAAACUAACAAAAGUACUGUAAAUUCUCUAUAAUAGGCCCCUUCUGUGUGGGAAAAUUGAAAAACUAUAGCAGACCCUCUUGAAAACAGACCAUCUCUGAAGGUGAAUACAAAAGAUAGGAGAGCCUUUUGUAGAGAUUUUACUGUAAUAAUAAAUUCAUUUAAAAAGUCAAAAAAUGGUACUAUAAUUCAGCUAUUUACACCAAAAAGAACGUUAACAGCCUUGAAACCAAUUUAUUCCAAAACCAACUAAAAUUAUUAAAAUCCCUCUCUUUAAUUGUUUCUGUCCACGUGGGGACUGUCUUGUUUGGCUCUUUAUUGCUCGGAUUUACUUCUGAUUUUUCGGCCAUUUGGAAUUGGUAUUUGAUGAAUUUGUCUGUCUGUAUUAUUUUAAUGGGGCCGUUGACUAAUGCAAUUGUUCUUUAUAUG